AUGGUAGGUGAAGGCUUGAAGGCGNUUCCAAGCAAUGAACCCGAGCAGAGUAACCCCCUGGCUUGUAAAAUUGUGGACACGUCGAAGGCACCCAAGGAUUUUAUUAAAAAAUUUCUUCCCCGAGAGUUAGAUAUUUUAGCGAAAUUGAACCAUCCCCACGUGGUCUAUGUAAACAACAUUUUUCAAAGACGAUGUAGGUACUUCAUCUCCAUGAGGUUCGCGGAGAACGGCGAUCUUCUUGAUUUCACGUUGAAGAAUUAAGCUGUGGAUGAAGGUCAAGCACGAGUUUGGUUUAGGCAAUUGUCUUUAGGCCUGCAGUACCUCCACGAAAUGGAAAUAGUCCACCGCGACAUAAAAUGUGAAAAUGUUUUCCUGACAGCCAAUAAUAACGUGAAAUUAACGGAUUUUGGUUUCGCACGUUAUAUAAUCGACUCAAGAGGUAAAAAAGUCUUGAGCGAUACAUUCUGCGGUUCCCUGAUAUACGCUGCGCCGGAAAUUCUGCGAGGAGCUCCAUACAAUCCAAAAGCGGCAGAUAUGUGGUCCCUCAUAAUUCUCAAUAAAGCCAUGCCAUUCGAUGAGCCGAAUCUUAAAAAAUUAUUCGAAAUUCAGACCAAUCGCAGGUGGAAGUUCCGGAAGAAAGUGGCUGACAGUUUCAGUGAGCAAGUGAAAANAAUUGUAACAGCCUCGGUCUAA